CACACACACACACACACACACACAGCAGCACACACACACACACACAUCUUCAGCCAGCGACACCAAGCCAACUACUUCGACCACACCACCCACAGCACAGCACCGGCACUUCAGCACAAAACAAGAACGAGGCUAUGGCUACCUCAAGGCCUCCGCUCGAUGGAAAACGGGCGCUGUCGCUCUCGCCUGUACAAACACUCUCACCAACAUCUUCAACACUGCCACCUGAACCUGCACCACAACAGCAAGGAGGAUAUGGUGGUUCCAAGGCAUCCCAGCGAGAUCAAAGCCAGCAGCAGGCACAGCAUGUUGACGAUGAGCUGCACUCCCACUUGACCGAGGAACAGCAACAGCGACAGCUGCUGCUCUCCGGUGAAGGCUGGAAGAAGAAAGACGAGGCAGAGAUUAAGCCCUUCACAGACGUCACCAUCACGGCCAAGCCGCCAGUGACGGGCCGGCACUACAUGUGGCUCACCCUCUUCCUAACAACCCUUUUUACUGGCUCCGGCGUCUUCCUCUUCCGCGUGCAAGUCGUCGUCAUGGGCGACGAUGACGCGCUCGACCCCGGCACAUUCAUCGCCUUCCUCUUGAUCGGAUACUUUGCGGGACAGCUCCCAUAUAUCAUCCACCUAUUGCGACAAAUCACCAGCAUCAGGCCCAGCAAGUUCUUUCUGCUUGGCGCGCUGGCGGGCAUCGUGAACAACGCGGGCAUGAACGGCUACGUGCUCUUGACCACGGGCGGCGGCGAGGCCUCGCUGCUGGCACCACUGACCUCCCUCUGGGUCAUCAUCCCCGUGUUUUACGGCGUGUUUCUGGUCGGCGACCGCUUGCCCGUCCGGCGGUGGGUCGGCGUGCUGCUGUCCAUCGGCGCAGGCAUCAUGUUUGCCUUCAGCGGCGGCAACAACGGUGUUGACUUCAGCGACGGGCGCACCGUUGGCCUCUUCUUCCUCUGCUUCAUCGGCUGGGGAACGGGGACAGCGCUGUGGCAGGUGUUCUCCAACGAGCAGGGCGGCGCCUUUGCCGCAGGCUUCUGCACCAACGUCAUCAGCUUCGUCAUCACAGGCAUCAUCUUCAUUGCCGCCGUCCACGGAGGCGUCGACUGGCACCUCACUGCCGGUCACGCCAUUGUCGUCGUUGGCGGCGCGCUGUACGGCAUUGGCACGCUUGCGUUCUUCCACCUCUGCAAGACAAUGCCUGACGAGGCCGCUGUACUCGGCCCGCUCUCGUCCCUCUCAUCCGUCUGGGCCGUGCUCUUUGGCAUGAUCAUCCUCAGCGAGUCAUCGCGCCCCGUCAAGGUCCUCGGCGUCAUUGCCGCUGUGUUCGGCGUUCUUCUCAUGGGCAUCAAGGACUUGACUGAGCUCAAGGAGGUGGUGUUCAAGAAGUACGGUGAAGCGGUUGUACAUGAGCAUGUCAACCUGCUCGCCGCCAAGCCCGCAGUGCGUGGUGGGUACGAUGUGUCCGACGCUGCUGCGGAGGAUGUUUGCGUCGUCAUCCGCACUGCCCGUGCACGAAAGGGGCGCGUGCUGCUCACGCUCGAGGUGAGCGCGCCUCUCCUGUCCACCAGCGAGCCGCAAAUGAUUCACCUUCCCCGCAUCAUGGUUGACCCCAGCACAUUCGAAGAAGAAGACGACAAGGAAGAUGAUGAUGAUGAUGAAGAAGAAGAUGCCAGAGGCGAUGAGAACAGCGGCAAUGCAGACCAAGGGCGCUCGGGCUUGAAGAACUGUGAUCAGAACAAGGACAGCAACGGCAGCAGCAAUAGCAACGGCAACACCGCAACGAGUGCGAGCGCGAGUGCAGACAGCGAUGUGGAUGCCGCCAAGGAAGCGAAGGAAGGUACCACUGAAGAAACAAAGGAAGGUCACGCCAAAGGUUUGGAGGAGGAUAGUCGUACCAGAGCACAACAACAACAACAACAACAACAACAACAACAACAACAACAACAACAACAACAACGGGAGCAGCCAACGCAGCAGUGGUUGGAAGAAGAGGAAGGACAUGCGGCGUUAUCACCAAGAGAAGGGACAGCAGCAACUGCAAGUCCUACUCGCACGGCUGCGAGUGAUGUAAAUUCAGCGAUGACCAUAUCAACAACAGCAGCAAAAGAAGCAGCAACCGCAGAAGCAGCAACCAAAGCAGAAACCACAACAACAGCACUACCACCAUCCUUAUCACCAGCCCCACCAACAGGGAGAGCGCCAGCAGUAUCAGCAGCAACCAAUGCAGAUUCGACCGUGGUGUUUGUUGGAGACGACGCUGACGGUGCUGGCACACAUGCCAAGAAUAAUUGACGGGUUGUCCGAGAUUUCGCAGUGAUAGUCCAGGACAGGCUAUUGUCACUUCAUGUGUGUGUGUGUGUGUGUUGUGUAUGUGUUGCGUGUGUGUGUGUUGUGUGUCGCGAAUGGUUUGUCCAAAGUCGCACGCCCUUGCUCUCCAACGUUCAUUCGUCUCGCUUGUUUGUUGGGCUUGAAGGUGGAUCCAAUGUCUCCUCACACGUGAGCGUGCAUAACAAGCAAAAUUGGACCCUU